GCGAAGUGCAAACGCGGAAUCCGAAAGUCCUGCAAUGGUCGGCGUGCUCUUCCUUUGCUUGGGCAACAUUUGCCGCAGCCCCGCGGCCGAAGGCGUCUUCAAGGGGCUGGUCGCGCGCGAUGGCAAGACGUCGGCGUACGACAUUGACUCGUGCGGCACGGGCGGCGGCGCCUCCAACUGGUACAAGCCCAACGGGUUCUCGUACCACGAAGGCGACAGCGCCGACUCGCGCAUGAAGAAGGAGGCCAAGAAGCGCGGGUACACGCUCAGCAGCAAGUCGCGCCCGCUGACGCCUGCUGACUUGCGUCGUUUUGACCAUAUCAUUUGCAUGGACAGCAACAACGUGCGUGCGGUGCACGAAGCGGCGACGUUCUGGGGCCCCGAGUACCUCGCACUCGCCAAGGCCAAGGUUUCGCUCAUGACCCAGUACUGCAUUCUCAACACGUCGGCGACCAAAGUGCCGGAUCCGUGGUACGAAGGCGGCUUUGACACGGUUCUGGACUUGCUCGAAGACGCGUGCGAAGGCCUCUACACGAAGCUCGAGCACAGCUAGAGCGAGUUGUCUCCACGCGUUGCACAGUGUUCGAAAUGACAAUGUGGCAAUACAGAUACUUUGGGCGCGGACGCCCAACUAACGCAAAAUGAGGAAUUGAACCGGCAGCGCACCUUCGGAGGCGCCUCACAAGGUGGC